AAAAGAAUGUUUUGAUAUGAAUUUACUUCAAUUCAUCAAGUUUUUGGAUUAUCCGUUCACCGUAGAGGCAUGCGAGAACAACUCAUUUUAUUAUUAUUUUUAAUCUCAUCACAAAUCAUCAAGUCAAAUAGCAAAAGGGAGUUUCUGAAGUGCUUCUGGUGUAAGGAUGAGUGACGCGCUGGAGAGGACUACAGAAUGUCCCUUGCCACUUCUCGCAGAUGACUCCAGCCGAGUCGAGGACAGAAACAGCCAGGGAUGCUCAAGUGAGUUACGUUGGGAGGAUGGAGGUCUACCUGUGGAGCUGCAGAAAGGGAUGGAGACCUUACGAGUGAACAAAGAACUGACCGAUGUGGUGCUGUGUGUUCAGGGACAUGACUUCCCCUGUCAUAGAGCCAUACUCGCUGCUGCCAGCCAGUACUUCAGGGCCAUGUUUUGCAGCGGUCUGAAGGAGAGUUAUGAUGAGCGUGUGGAAAUGAAGGGGCUGGACAGUGGCACAAUGCACUCUCUGCUGGAGUAUACCUACACCAGCCAUGCCCUCCUCACACACGCAAACGUCCAGAGAAUACUAGAGGCCGCCAGUCAAUUUCAGUUCCUGCGUGUGGUGGAUGCAUGUGCCGGCUUUCUGAGCAAGUCUCUGCACCUCGAGAGUUGCAUCGGGAUCCUGAAUCUCGCUGAAAGCCAUGCCUUGCCGGCCUUGAUGACCGGGGCUCAGGACUACAUUACCACUCACUUCUCCCAGGUGGUCCAGCAGCAGGACUUCCUGGAGCUGCCGGUAGAGUCGCUGGAGGCCGUCCUGCUGAGGGACGACCUCGAUGUCAAAUGUGAGGAGAGUGUUUUUGAAGCCCUCAUGAGCUGGGUGAGAGCCCAGCAGGACGAACGCUGUCUUUCACUGGCAAGGUUGCUUUCGCAUGUGCGGCUGCCACUGUUGGAGCCUGCUUACUUUGUAGAAAAAGUGGAGUCGGAUGAACUGAUUCGCUACUGCAGUGAGGCUUUUCCUUUGCUGCAAGAGGCCCGCAUCUAUCACCUCUCCGGCAGAGAGGUGGUCUCUGAACGCACCAAACCACGCUUGCGGCACUUUCUAUCAGAGGUGUUCCUGAUCAUCGGCGGCUGCACUAAAGACGAGCGCUUCAUUUCCACUGUCACCUGUUUGGACCCCCUCAGACGCAGCAGGCUGGAGGUCGCCAGGCUGCCAAUCACAGAGAUGCAGGAUGAAUCCCAAAACAGGAAAUGGGUGGAGUUUGCGUGCAUCACCUUCCGCAAUGAGUUGUACAUUUCUGGAGGUAAAGAGACUCAGCAUGAUGUGUGGAAAUAUAAUGGCGCCUUGGACAAGUGGAUCCAGAUCGAGCCCCUGACAACCGGGCGCUGGAGACACAAGAUGGCAGUUCAUGGGGGAAAGGUGUACGCGCUGGGUGGAUUUGAUGGAGUUCAGAGACUUGAUAGCGUGGAGGCCUAUGAUCCCUUUCACAAUCGCUGGGCACAGGUGACACCUCUUGCAGUAGGUGUGAGCUCCUUUGCUGCUGCAAGCUAUGACAGAUGGAUCUAUGUGAUCGGUGGAGGGCCCAAUGGAAAGUUGGCGACUGAUAAGGUUCAGUGCUGGGAACCUGGGACAGACUGCUGGGAGCUGCGGGCGCCCAUUCCCAUCGAAACCAAAUGCACUAACGCAGUCACAUUCAAGAACUGCAUCUAUAUAGUUGGUGGUGCCAUGCAUGCCAUGUACUGCUACUCACCUGUGUCAGACUCCUGGACCCUGGUGACCCGUCUGGGUGAGAGGGCGAGCUGUGCCAUCGCUGCCUGCAACAACAAACUCUUCAUCACUGGGGGACGGGAUAACAAGAACCAAGUCAUCUCCACGGUGAUGUGCUGGGACGUUGACCGAGGGGUGUUGACAGAGGAGUGUGUGUUACCUUUGGGAGUGUCGCACCACGGAAGCGUGACACUCAUGAAGUCCUACACACACAUACACAGAAUAGCACCUGUUUCAGAGUGCCAAUGACACAAGACUUCUGUGAACAGGACAUGGAGAGGAACACAAAGGGAAAAGGAGAUCAUUUGUUGCAUUGCUGUUCAUUUUAAGUCAAUUUAUGCCACUUUGAAAUACUAGGAGUCAAUCACUAUCUAACCUUUAACAGUAUAAUGUUAUGUAACAGCAGUAAUUGUUGAAACUUGAUUUGAUACUGAUUAAAAAUGAAUGUACAACAGUAA